GAUAAGUUAUCAAAUUUUCUGAUUUAAAAAAAAUCAAAAUUUAAAAAAAUGAUUUAUAAUGAAAAUUCAGCUUUUUUUAUAAGUCAAAACAACGAUUUCCUAUAAAUUAAUCAACAUUAAAAUGAAGACGAUAGCAGAAUAAUUUAGGAAUCUAAAUAAAAUGAUUUUUAUGGUUAUUAAAAACAAAUUAAUGAUGAAUCUUAAAAUGUACUUAACUAGAUAAAAGUUUGCUAGGCUUAAAAUAUAUCAUUACUAUUUAAAUCACCUGCAGAAUAAAACAGCAUUAUUUUAUAUGGAGAUUUACUCAUAGAAGCUCGGAAAGACUUUGAUAAUAUUGAUUACACCUUACAAAUUUGUAAUAUAUACCUGUAAAAGAAAAGAGUAGUGUAGAUUAAUUAUGACAAGAAAGCCAACAUAAUUGAAAUGAUUUCUGAAAAUUUAACUUCAGGAUCAAGAAAUUUUCAGUAUGCUCAAUAAAUUUUGUUAAAAACAUAGAAUAAAACAAAUUAUAUGCUUGCUUAGCAUUUAUAAAUGCACGAGUAAAAGGUGAUUCAACAGAUUAAUAAAUAUCAAGCUUUUUUAGCAGAUAAUGAUGAAGAUAUUCUUUAUUAAGCUUAAGCAGAAUUCUUUUAGAAUAUGAAGCAGUAACUAACAUAAAAUAUAUGCAAGAAUGAAUUUGAUUUUUUUUGUUAUACAUCAUUCAGUUAUAUUGAUAAAUAAGACUUGGGAUUUCCUAUUUAAAAAUGUUAAGGAAUUAAUGAGGCAGCAUGUGCUUUAUUUGGAAUGGAUGCUUCAUAGUCAAUAGAGUUAUUAUAAAGAUAUGGCUUUAUAGAAGUUAUUAUCAAAAGAGGAUUUCCUAAAGAUAUGUAGGAAUAAGAGCCUUUUGGCCAUAUUUUUAUGAUGUAAAAUUAAGAAUCUUUUAUUUAAAUAAAACAAUUAUUUAACUCAGAUUCCUAUGCUAAAACUAUUGAUGGAAUUACAAUUAGGCUAAGAAUGGAGCUUAAUUAAGCAACUUAAGUUUAUAAUGGAUAUAUUAUAUCAAGCUUUUACUAUUCUUAAUUUAUAAUAAAAGAUUAAGAAAUAGAGAGAGUUUUAUAAAUUAGGUCGUCAGGCUCUCAUAUUAAUUCUUCAGAUAAUAUUUUAGAUCUGCUCCUUAGAGAAAAUAUUUAUUCUACAUUUGCAAAAAAAUUUGGAAAUUUCAUAUCAAAUCCUUAAAAUUUUAAAUAACCAUGUUAAUAAGAUUUAUUUCCCGAAAAAACUUGUAAAUAUAAUCUGAUCUAAAAACCUGUUUAAUGA